AUGACUAAACAAGGAAUAUUAUUGGUUGUAAGUGAUGAAAGCUUUGAAAUCUUAGUACCUAAGUCAGAAUAUUCUAAUUUACCAAUUAAGGUAACAGAAAGUGUUUAUUCUGCUACUAUAAACAGAAAAAUAUUUAUCGAUAUGAUUAAUAAACAAGUAAUUGAAGGGGAAGAAGAAAUUGCAGAAUAUCAAGUUAAAAUAGAAAUUCCUUCUAAACAAAAUUAA